AUGGUUGGUCGGAGAGCGGGUGACACAGCUCUGAGGGAUGUGGCGGCGAGCACCAUCCAGCUUGACCUGCCAUUUAUCAGAAGAGAAACAGCAGGUCACCUGACCGGGAGAUGCCACCUGAUUGGUCAAACUGACUGUUUAGUAUGCAGGUGGGAUUACACGGCCGUGACCAACACGAACACGCCGAACACACGCCACAAACACACGCCACGAACACACUCCACGAACACGCAACACCUGGUCCAUCACAAUGAAGAAAAGGAGAGGUGAUAUAUCUGAGUCAGCUGAAGAGGAGGAGGAGGAGGAGGAGAGAGGAGGAGGAGGAGGAGGAGCAGAGAGAGAGAGGAGGAGGAGCAGAUAGAGAGAGGAGGAGAGAGAGAGAGGAGGAGGAGCAGAGAGAGGGGAGAAGGAGGAGAGAGGAGGAGGAGGAGAGAGAGAGAGGAGGAGGAGAGAGAGAGAGGAGGAGGAGGAGGAGGAGGAGCAGAGAGAGGGGAGAAGGAGGAGAGAGGAGGAGGAGGAGAGAGAGAGAGGAGGAGGAGAGAGAGAGGAGGAGGAGCAGAGAGAGAGAGAGGGGGGAGGAGAGAGGAGGAGAGAGAGAGAGAGAGGGGAGGAGAGAGGAGGAGGAGCAGAGAGAGAGAGGGGAGGAGAGAGGAGGAGGAGGAGAGAGAGAGAGAGGGGAGGAGAGAGGAGGAGGAGGAGGAGAGAGAGAGAGGGGAGGAGGAGAGAGAGGGGAGGAGGAGGUGAGAGAGGGGAGGAGGAGGAGAGAGAGAGGCGAGGAGGAGAGAGGAGGAGGAGGAGAGAGAGAGGGGAGGAGGGACAGAGAGAGAGGAGGAGGAGGAGCAGACAGAGAGGAGGAGGAGGAGAGAGGAGGAGGAGGAGUAGAGAGAGAGGAGGAGGAGGAGAGAGGAGGAGAGAGAGAGGAGGAGGAGGAGCAGAGAGAGAGAGGAGGAGGAGAGAGAGAGGGGAGAAGGAGGAGAGAGGAGGAGGAGGAGAGAGAGAGGGGAGGAGGAGGAGAGAGAGAGGAGGAGGAGGAGGAGGAUGAAAGAGGAGAGAGGAGGAGGAGAGAGAGGAGAGAGAGAGAAGGAGGAAGGAGGAGAGAGAGAGGGGAGGAGGUGGAGAGAGGAGGAGAGAGGAGCAGACAGAGAGAGAGGAGGAGGAAAGAAGAGAGAGAAAGAGUGAGAGAUAGAGGAGGAGGAGGAGAGGGAAAAGAGAGGGUAGGAGGAGAGAGGAGGAGUAGUAGUCUCUCUCCUCCCUCUCCUUCACCUCCUCCUCCCUCUCCUUCACCUCCUCCUCCUCUCCCUCCUUCACAAACAUCACGGUCAGCUGCGGUCCUGAUGGAAACGGCGGUAAAUCAACACGGCGCGGCGGGGAGAAAAAGCGCCACUUUGAGUCUUUCUGCAGAAUAAUAGGGGAGCCCGGGAUUCGCGGGAUUGCAUUUGGCGUCCCGCGGCGCCGGGGUGUCUUUGGCUCGCUCAGUCAUUUCAGAUGGAGCAGCGGCGCCGUCCCACCCUGGGCGCCGUACAGAUGGGCUCAUGUGUGGAGAAAUGAGCCGCGAGCAAUCACUCUCCCCCUCUCUGUCUCCCCCCUCCGUCUCCCUCUCAGUGGGAGUCGACUCCUUCUUGCUUUCUGUUUACCUCUCUCUGCUCCCUCCUUUCUUUCUCAUCUCCUCCACCUCUCAUUAUCUCCCCCGCUCCUCCCCCCGUGGCGAGCGUGUCCUGGGGCUGCAGAGUCUCCGGUCUGUUCGGUGGCGGUGGACGACUCGGCGGGAGGCCUCAGCAGAACGAGCGCGCUCAGACGGAGGAGCCCAUCUCAGGCUUGUGCUACCGGAAAAUCUGCCCGUUCACGCUUCGCCGCGCCGCCAGACAACGCGCUGAUGGAGGGCGGCGUGAUGACGGGGGAGGCGAGGAGGGAGGAACACGGAGAGAGAGAGACUCUCAGCUUUGUUUUUGGGGGGAGAGGAGAAAAGGAGGAGAGGAGGAGAGAGGGGGAGAGGAGGAGGGAAGGAGGAGAGGAGGAGGGAAAGAGAGGAGAGGAGGAGAGAGGGGGAGAGAGGAGAAAAGGGGAGAGGAGGAGGGAAGGAGAGGAGAGGAGGUGAGCGAGGAGAGAGGGGGAGAGAGGAGAGGAGGAGAGAGGAAAAUAGGAGAGGGGGACAGAAGGAGAUGAGAGGAGAGGAGGAAGGAAACAAGGCUGUAAGGAGUUGAGUUUAGGCCAGACAUGGGCAAACUACGGCCCCCGGGCCACAUACGGCCCGUUAGGCUUUUUAAUCCGGCCCGCCGAACUUGUCCAAAUUACAGUAAAAACCUCCUUCAUUUUCCCCUUUUGCUGCAAUGCCUACGUUUCCCCAAUAGAUGGCGCACUCAAAACACAUUGACCGUUGUUGGAGUGGCAAGUAUUUCUCUUUAUUUCACUUUAAUUUUCACUUCGUUUCACGUUGCCAUUUGAGCCCUAUUGUGAAAAUGAGCGGACCAAAGAGAAGGAAAGUGGACAGCGAAUGCCGAGUGUUUAAUAAGGAGUGGACAACAAAAUACUUUUUCACUGAAGUCCGAUCAACGGCUGUAUGUCUGAUAUGCCAAGAAGCUGUUGCGGUUUUCAAAGAGUACAAUAUCAGCCGUCACUUUACCACGAAGCAUGCAAACUUUGCUAGUAAGCAGUCAACACAAGAACGGGUGGCUACUGCUCAGAGGUUGGCAGCUAAUUUACAGAGUCAACAGAACUUUUUUCACCGACAAACUGCAAUUCAAGAGUCAAGUACCAAGGCAAGUUAUUUGCUGGCAUUCAAAUUAGCAAAGGCUAGCAAGCCUUUCUCCGAAGGCGAGUUUUUGAAAGAGUGCAUGGUAGAGACAGCAGGUCUCCUGUGUCCGGAGAGCAAAGCCAAGUUAGAAAAAAUCAGUUUAGCACGCAGGACAGUGACUCGCCGCGUGGAAUUGAUUGACGAAGACUUAGUCAGCGAGUUAAACAAAAAGGCGGAGUCCUUUAAGUUAUAUUCACUAGCACUGGAUGAAAGUAACGACAUAAAAGACACUGCUCAGCUCCUAAUUUUUAUCCGAGGGAUUAACGACAGUUUUGAGAUAACGGAGGAGCUUUUGAGCAUGGAAUCACUGAAAGGGAAAACGCGAGGAGAGGACUUAUAUGAACAGGUGUCUGCUGUCAUCGAGAGAAUGAAGCUACCUUGGAGUAAACUUACCAAUGUCACCACGGAUGGAUCGCCAAAUUUAACUGGAAAAAACGUCGGGCUGCUGAAAAGAAACCAGGAUAAAGUGAAAGAAGAAAACCCAGACCAGGAUGUUAUUUUUCUUCACUGCAUCAUUCAUCAGGAGUCUUUGUGUAAGUCUGUAUUGCAGCUUAAUCACGUCGUGGAUCCAGUUGUAAAACUUGUUAACUUCAUACGAGCAAGGGGACUUAAUCAUCGUCAGUUCAUUACGUUCCUGGAAGAAACUGAUGCGGAUCACCAGGACCUACUUUACCACUCUCGCGUCCGCUGGUUAAGUCUUGGGAAAGUGUUUCAACGAGUCUGGGAGCUCAAAGAGGAGAUUCGCUCAUUUUUGGAGUUAAUGGGGAAAUCCGACGAAUUCCCCGAGCUGAGCGACACAAACUGGCUUUGUGACUUUGCGUUUGCUGUGGACAUAUUUUCACACAUGAAUGAGCUGAACGUGAAGCUACAGGGGAAAGAUCAGUUUGUGCACGACAUGUACACAAAUGUGAAAGCCUUCAAAUCCAAGCUGGUUUUAUUCUCCAGGCAAAUGUCAAACAAAUCUUUUGCACAUUUUCCCACACUAGCCGUGCAGAAAGAGGCCGCCCGAUGUGCGAAGAAAUACUGCAAAUCACUGGACGACCUGCACAGAGAAUUUUGCCGUCGGUUCUGUGAUUUUGAAAAAAUUGAGAAGUCACUUUGUUGGACAGUUGGAACUGAUCGAUCUUCAGUCUGACUCCGUCUCAAAGCAGAAGUUCAAGUCUCUUAAACUGAAUGACUUUUACGCUUCACUUAACGAGACCACGUUCCCAAACCUCCGGAGGACGGCACAGAAGAUGCUGGUGUUGUUUGGCUCGACCUACGUGUGUGAGCAGACGUUUAGCAUCAUGAAAAUCAACAAAGCCCAUCACAGAUCCAAGUUAACUGACCAACACCUCAGAUCUGUCCUGAGAAUUGCCACAACAAAACUAACUCCAGACUUUGAUGCACUGGCAAAAAAGGGAGACCAACAACACUGUUCCCACUGAAAUUGGUGAGUUUUUCUGCUGUGUUAUGAAAAAAUGCAUAUGGAAAAUUUGGAAGUGCGUCUUUUAAUUAAGAGCAAUGCGCAUUUACGCACAGCAGCGGUACAGUAGCUUAAUUAACACACCGCACAUCGCUCUUAAUUUCAAUUUCAAUUUUCAGCUGCAGGUAGGAUAUUUAAUAUAGCCUAUGUCUGUGUGCUUGGCAACGAUACACGUGUACUGUAAGGUGAGGGCGUCCGUGGCGAGUUUGUAGAGCGCGCGGUCAGGACAAUCCAUCCAUGAUUUUGCGGGGUUUAACACAAGUAUAUAUUAUUGAGCUUGAGUAUUUCGUUGUGUAAUAAUAUGUUUUGAAUGUUGAAAGUGAUUCCAUUUUUCAAUAAAUGUUGAUUUCUUUAACUUUGCACCUUCGAUUAAAACUUAUUAAAAACAGACGCAAUCUUGAUAAAUCACAGUGCGUAUGCUAUUUUAAUCUAUUUACAUUUCCUCCUCCCAGUAUCGUGCAAAAUAGUAUGUAAACGCCAUAUCUUGCAUAUUCCUUGAGACAAACUUAUUAACUGAAAAGGGCUAUUUUUCACAUUUGAAAGACAGUUAAUAAAUUGGGUUGUAGUGUUCUUACUGUGCUAUGAGGUUUGCACACACUACAUGUAAUGCUUUAGUAUGUCCGGCCCAAACACUCCAUCCAAAUGCUCCUGGCCCGGCCCCUCUGUCAAAUUUUAGAACCCAUUGUGGCCCGCGAGUCAAAAAGUUUGCCCACCCCUGGUUUAGGCCUACAGUCAGACUCAGGGUUACACAUACAUACACAUCUAUAGAGUAUAUUAAUGUACAUCUAUGUACAGUACAGUUGAUAUCUAUACUCUUUAUAUCUGUAUUUAUGUUCUUUAUAAACGUACAGAUGGUUUAACCAUCUGUGUGAUUCUCUGAUCUAUGAGAUCAUG